AACUAAGCUACCUAUAAAUAUUUGGUAUUGAUUUUGUAGAAAGAGUGUUGUUUUGAGAUAUGGAUAAGAGAAGGAAGAAGAAGAGAGAGGAAGGAUCAUCUUCCAACCUUACAUGGCAAGAGAAGAAGAAUAUUGCUGAUAAGGAAGAGAAAUCGUUGCUAAACGAGAUCCAAGCUCUUCGAGCAUGGGUUGGCAUGGUGGGUGCAAUGAACGAUGAGCAAUUGAAGGAAUACUUGAAGAACAGGCCUCAAGAUUUGAAGACUUCCAAAAUCCAGAAGAAGAAGCCUCCUCCUACUAGGGACCAAAAAGUCUAUCGCCAGCGAGUGAAGCUCCCUGAAUCUCUGAAAUAAUGGCUUCAAUUCUGGAUAUCCAUACCCGAGAACAGAUUAGUAGCCUAUUUCGCCAAACUUAUUGUAACAGGGUAAACUGAACAGAAAUGUACCCUAAAAUCCGACAUGACUGUUCUUCUGUAUACAUCAAUUUCUAUCCAAUAAAUGUUUCUGGUUCAACGAGUACAACUUUCACUCCACAUCCCUUUUCUGUAUAUGAAACCUACUUCGGAAACUACAAUCACAAAUUCACUAGCUUUCAAGUAUCAUCAUUGUAAACCAGCAGAGAAUAUUGAAGAACAAUCAGUUAUGACUGCAAAAAAGAAGAAUAAAGAGCAGAUCUUCUAGGCUUGUACUCAAUUGUCACUCAUUAACUUCGUCAUUUCUAAGAUCGAAUGCCGGGGAACAGCCAUUCCAUGAUUGCCUUCACAAGUGUAUCAAAUUACGCUAGGAUUUUGCAUUUCGACCCCCUCUUCUGCUGACUUCUUCACACAACCUGCAAGGCAGGGUGUCGAGACUUAACGAACGUGUUUCCCCAUAGUUGCCUAGAACACCACAUCUCCUCCAUGCAUGGUAUUCAGCAUAUGCCACUGCAUCAUUAGCUAGAGCCUUAACGUAUGAAGCGAGUUCGUUCAUGGAUCUAAAUUUGCUCCCGUCUAUGAUUGAGUGAGGAGGAACGAAGUCCCACACAUUUGGCGCCCCAAAAUAGAUUGGGACAGAUCCA